CCCGGGAAGUGGACUGGUAGAGGAGGGGGCAAGCUAGCUACCGCUCCUAACUAAGUCGGAGACCCGGGCGUAAGGCGGCCUCUCAGGGCCCGGUGGGCUGACGAGCCGACGCGGCGGCGGGGGCUGUAAGGAGUGCGGGGGACCGGGGCCGGCACAGAGGGACUAUGGCCCCGCAGAACCUGGGCACCUUCUGCCUGUUGCUGCUGUACCUCAUCGGGACCGUGAUCGCCGGGCGAGACUUCUAUAAGAUCUUGGGGGUGCCUCGUAGUGCCUCUAUAAAGGAUAUUAAAAAGGCCUACAGAAAACUAGCCCUGCAGCUUCAUCCUGACCGGAAUCCUGAUGAUCCACGGGCACAGGAGAAAUUCCAGGAUCUGGGUGCUGCUUAUGAGGUUCUGUCGGAUAGUGAGAAACGGAAACAGUAUGAUACAUAUGGUGAAGAGGGCUUGAAAGAUGGCCAUCAGAGCUCCCAUGGAGACAUUUUUUCACACUUCUUUGGAGAUUUUGGUUUCAUGUUUGGAGGAACCCCUCGUCAGCAAGACAGAAAUAUUCCAAGAGGAAGUGAUAUUAUUGUAGAUCUAGAAGUCACUUUGGAAGAAGUGUAUGCAGGAAAUUUUGUAGAAGUGGUUAGAAACAAACCCGUGGCGAGGCAGGCCCCUGGCAAACGGAAGUGCAACUGCAGGCAGGAGAUGCGGACCACCCAGCUGGGCCCCGGGCGCUUCCAGAUGACCCAGGAGGUGGUCUGCGACGAGUGCCCGAAUGUCAAACUAGUGAAUGAAGAACGAACACUGGAGGUAGAAAUUGAACCUGGGGUGAGAGACGGCAUGGAGUACCCCUUUAUUGGAGAAGGUGAGCCUCACGUGGAUGGAGAGCCAGGAGACCUGCGGUUCCGAAUCAAAGUUGUCAAGCACUCCAUAUUUGAAAGGCGAGGAGAUGACUUAUACACAAAUGUGACAAUCUCCCUCGUAGAGUCUCUGGUGGGCUUUGAUAUGGACAUUACUCACUUAGAUGGUCACAAGGUACAUAUUUCCCGGGAUAAGAUCACCAGACCUGGAGCCAAGCUAUGGAAGAAAGGGGAAGGGCUCCCCAACUUUGACAACAACAACAUCAAGGGCUCUUUGAUAAUCACUUUCGAUGUGGAUUUUCCAAAAGAACAGUUGUCAGAGGAAGCAAGAGAAGGUAUCAAACAGCUACUGAAACAAGGAUCAGUGCAGAAGGUUUACAAUGGACUGCAAGGAUAUUAAGAAUGAAUAAAAUUGGACUUUGUUUUAAAAUAAGUGAAUCAGCGAUAUUUAUUAUCUGCAGGGGUUUUUUUUGUGUGUGUGUAUUUUUGUUUUCAUUUUCAAUAUGCAAGUUUGAUUUAAUUUUUUUUCUUCUAAUGAUCGUCAUGAAAUGAGUAAGCGGGCUUAAGAAUUUGUCCAUUUGUGUUGAGAAAAGAAUGACCAGCAAAAGGUUUAACAAUACCUCUCCCUUUGGGAUUUAUGUCUGGUGCUGCCGCCCGAGUUUCAAGAAUUAAAGCUGCAAGAGGACUCCAGAACAAAAAGACACUAUACAAAGGGUUGGAGUUAAUGGUUAGCUGUUUCAUUUGAAAUGCCAACUGGAGAAGUCUGUUUUUAAAUACAUUCUUUUGUUAAUUUU